AUGAAUAAUUGGCUUUGUCAACAAAUAAAAGGCGAUAAAGUACGUGAGGAACUUCUUGAGGUGGUUAGAAACUUUGUUGUUAAAACAUCAAAAGUUAAGCAGGAUGGUUACAUGAAGAUGAAUCUUUCGAGAAUUUUAGCGAAGUUAAUGAAAG